CUUGGCUGAGGCUUGAAAUUAUGCACGACCUAGCACUACCAUGAGUCGUUUGUAAUUUCAAGCCGCAGCCAGGUAAUUCGAACAUAGCUUGUACCAGUGGCACGAUCAAAGAUAAUGCGCGUACGUAGAGGGCGAUCACUUUGAUCACGAUUGAUGAGCUACAUGUAGGCGCACUACGGUACAUCAUCGACAGCAGUUUUUACUUUAGUAUCAGGAUGGGAAACACAUAAAAAUUUUACCAAUGGCUGUUCGUUGUCAGUGUGUCAAGCUCCGGGUUAUCUCAUCAAUAUUAGGAUCGCAACUGUCCAAUACUGUCACAAGAUGUGGCUCGGUUCAAACUGCCAGCCGUCAGUAUGCCUCGCUUAGCAAAGAACAGAAGGAAAGACUGGCACAGGGGCCCAGUUUGGCUGACUUCAUUGCUGAGGAUUUAAACACGACAGAAAGUCCUGAUGGCUAUAGUGGCAAAUUGGUCAAGGAAAAAGGCAUGAAGAGGUUAAGGCUGCCACCAUGGCUGAAGACAGAAAUUCCGGUGGGGAAGAACUACAACCGAAUCAAGGAGAGCCUCCGAGGACUCAAUCUCAGCACUGUGUGUGAAGAGGCACGCUGUCCCAACAUUGGCGAGUGUUGGGGGGGAGGAGAACACCAGACAGCGACGGCAACUAUCAUGCUUCUUGGAGAUACAUGCACAAGGGGCUGUCGGUUCUGUUCAGUGAAGACAGCACGUAAGCCACCCCCUCCAGACCCCAACGAACCAGCCAACACGGCCAAGGCCAUUGCAGAUUGGGGACUGGACUAUGUGGUACUCACCUCUGUAGACAGAGACGAUUUACCAGAUGGAGGCUCCACCCACUUUGCCCAGACAGUCGAGGAGCUCAAAAAGAGGAGCUCUGUAUUGGUAGAGUGUCUGACGCCAGAUUUCAGGGGUGAUCUGGAGGCCGUGGAAAGGGUAGCCUUGUCAGGCUUAGAUGUCUUUGCACAUAACAUUGAAACAGUGAAAAGACUUCAAAUUUUUGUCAGAGAUCCUCGUGCCAACUACCAACAAUCCAUGGCAGUGCUUUCCCACGCCAAGAAGGUUCAUCCAGAUGUCAUCACCAAAUCCUCCAUCAUGCUGGGGAUGGGGGAGACAGACGAGGAAGUUUUCCAAACAAUGAAAGAUCUGAGGGCGGUGGGCGUGGAAUGCGUCACACUAGGCCAGUACAUGCAGCCCACACGCAGGCAUCUCAAGGUGUCAGAGUACGUCACGCCAGCCAAGUUUGCUUACUGGGAGAAGGUGGGCGACAAACUAGGCUUUGCCUACACGGCCAGUGGGCCCCUGGUGAGGUCGUCGUACAAAGCAGGGGAAUUCUUUUUGAAGAACCUUUUAGAGAAGAGAAGGAACUCCGGUCAGCCUGGGCCAAGUUAACCGAGAAGCAAGGAAACACAGGAUGGCUCUUUCAAGUAUUAAUCAUCAAAAUCCAACGAAUGUGUGAAUAUAAAGCUAUUCAAAUAUGAAAUGUAUACAAAUUGGCAUUUCAACACGGGUUUAAUGAUUUGGUUUCAUGUUUUAGUGAUCUUCAUUCACAAAUGACUAGGGAACUUGGUAUGUAAUUGAAAUAAAACACAAGUACCUGGGUAGCUAUUAACAAGCACACAGCUUGUCCUCAGAUCAACUGAUUUACUUGGUAUUUACUUCUCAUUUGUACUAUUACAACUGGAAAAACACUGUACAAAAUCUUGCACUGCGGGGAAUGUCCGUGUUGGUUUUUUUCCUUGAAUUCCUAGUUCAAAGAAAAUUCAAAGAAAAAGUAUGUGGGAAAAAAAGAUACCUUCCAUUCGAAUUGUUAAAUCUCCCUUUCCCAAAAUACUCAAGAAUCUUUCCACAUAAACAUGAAAUCAAUUUAAGAAUUUCAUUUUGCCUAGUUUAUUGUAUGAAUUCACCCCCAACAUUUAAAUCCUUUUCUUUUCUGUGAAGAAAGUUAGUAACAGGCACCCAUUCCCAUAAUUUGGAACCGGUUUGUGAUAUCUGGGGUCAGAUAUGAGGUACUCAUGUUCUUGUUUAGCAUUCUGUUGAAUCUGUUGAAAUCAAUUUGCAUCAAUAUUUCAAGUUUGGUAAUCAUGAACAAGCUUUUUAACAUUAAAGACGGUGGACUUCCUGUAGACUGUGGUUUCAGUGUAUAGCAUCUCUGGUAUCAUGUUGAGCACAUACAUGUACAUAUACAUGUAUUUAUGAAAUAUAAAUAUCUAGGGUUUAUUUAAGAUGUUUCUUGUAGCUAGCCAGAGUUCAACCUCAUUUAAUAUUCACCUGUGUAAUCUCAUCUGGUCUUCUUAGAGGUAUUUGUAAACUACAGUAUUUGGUUUGGAUGAAAAUAAAUAUUUCAGGUGUUUGAUGUCACCUGAUGUCAAAUGUUGAACUUU